GGUGAUUGGCCGGCAGCAUCCGCUGAGCCGCGUAAGAGAGUGCUGAGCGGCCGACGCACUUACAGUCGUGACCCGCAGUCUCGACGAGAAGGUUGUCGCUCGUCCAUUCAAGCUCUCCGUGCACACCAGCGUUUCACUAUGAGAAAGUUUGGCCUGCUCAGCAAGGCCCUGCCGAAGCUGCAGACCAAAAAUGUGCCGGUCGAGCACACCAGUUUUAUGAACGAAUUGGCCCUGGAAAGGAAGCCAUCUAUUCUGCGAGAAUUGAUGAAAAAUCAUGCUACGGCGUCGAAGAACGUCGUCUUUAUCGGCGAAGGGUUGCCACAUCCCGAAACUAUACCUUUCAGCGAAGUGAGUUUUACCCUGAAGGACGGAACUAAAAAGGUUUUCACUGGGUCUGAGCUUGUCACUGCCAUCAACUAUCUCCCAACUCAGGGGAAUCCGAAGUUCGUGCAAAAGCUGCGGGAGCUCAUGGACAGAUUCCACGCACCCCUUCGUUGGGAGGACCGCGACGUGAUUGCAACCGCCGGCUCGCAGGACGGCCUUAGCAAGGUUAUCGAGAUGAGCUUACAAAAGGGUGAUGCGAUCGUCGUCGCCGACCCCGUCUACUCCGGCCUCGUCAGCAAUGUCCGGCCGUAUAAAGCGCAACUCAUUUCUGCGCAAUACAGAAAGAACGGUCUCGACACGGUGGAAAUGAAAGAUAAGCUGACUGCCAUUUGGUCCUCCAGGUCGAAGGAUGUUAAAAUUCCCAAGAUUCUCUACAUAAAUCCAGUGGCCAACAAUCCCAGUGGACACGUGAUCAGUGACGAACAAAAAAGGGAAAUCUACGAAAUCGCCUGCGAAUUCAACCUGCUAGUUUUGGAGGACGACCCCUACUAUUUCCUAGGCUUCCAAGAUGAGCUGCCAAAAAGCUUCCUAUCGAUGGACACAGAGAACCGAGUGGUCCGGUUUGACUCGUUCUCCAAAAUUUUCGGCGGCGGACUCCGCGCUGGCUGGAUGACUGGGCCCAAAGAAAUCGUCCGAAUUGUUGAAAUGCACAUGCAAGUGUCGGUUCUUCACGCUUCUUCCCUCACCCAGGCAAUAGUUCUCCAGAUUUUAGAGGGUCAAGGCUGGGAAGGAUUUUUGGACUACACCAAAAGUGUGAAAGAAUUCUACAGGAAAAGACGAGACCAGAUGGUUGCCUUGGCCGACAAGUACCUCACAGGUCUGGCCGAAUGGGACGUGCCCGAAGGCGGAAUGUUCCUCUGGGUCAAAGUGAAAGGCGUGAGCGACGUGCUAGCCAUGGUGAUGGAGAGAGGACUGAAAAAAGACGUGAUGCUGAUUCCCGGACACGCGUUCAUGUCCGACCCGACCAAACCGUGCCCGUACAUCAGGCUGUCUUACUCGUUGGUGCCAAUGGAGGACGUGGAAAAAGCCAUGCAGAGGCUCGCCGAGCUCAUCAAGGAAGAGCAGGCAAUCGAAUCUCAAAAGUGAGAAGAAACGCGCUUUUUACCGUUACUGUGCUGGUAUUUAAGCUGGAUCAAAGCUAGUGAUUUUUAAUUCUAAGCUGUAAAAAGGUUAUGUAUUUGUAAGUUUGCUGAAAAUGAAAUAAAAACAAUGGAAUUUGCAA